AUGGAAGGCAGCGCAUCUGACUCGCGUCCGGCAAAACGAGCCAAACUCGACAUAGCCCAAACAGAUGGCAGUUGUGACACCGCCUCAAUGGCUCCGUCCGCUCAACCCGCUGGUGCUCCGGCCAUUGUGCCCGGGAAUCUAGUUUUGGACGACAGCGUAAAGGAACGUGAAGUAGGUAUCACGGCCUUCGUCGACGGAUCCAAAAGCCUUUUCCAAGGGAUUCUCAAGAAGAGAUAUACAGAUUUCUUGGUCAACGAGAUCCUACCUGGCGGAACGGUGUUGCAUCUUCGAUCAAUGAGUGCGAAAGGCCUACAGCCACAUGGUUUGCAUAAUAACAGCUCAGAAGUCCCGGCGCCAAAAGAUUCAAGGCAUGUGGAGCACGAGGCAAAUGCGUCGGAGCCAUCUGCGCCGAAAGAUGAGACGUUGAGAGAGGUGGAAAAGACAACAAAUACGAGCACUUCAGAUCCUGCUAGAGAGGAGGGCUCUGGCGUCCAAAAUUCCGAAAUUUCCGACGACGAUCGCGCCAAAUUAGUCGAGUAUUUCAGCGAGGAGACUGUGGCACAGAUCAUCACCCUCUAUGAGUCCAUCCUGCGGAAUCCGGGGAAGAAAUCUCGGGACUAUUCCACAGUUCGGACACCAUUCACCUCAGACCGCAGCGUGCGGUGGAAAAUUCAUCAGGACAUCCGCCGCAUCUUUCAGAGCAAGAUCGACUCUAGCACAGAUAACGAGGGCAUAUUGGUUCUCACUGCGGCAUCGUCAUCAGCCAACAAGAAUCGUAAUCGCGACUGGUCAAAAUCUAACGAAAAGUCCUCACGCCCGGGAAAGUUAAGUUGGAUAGAUCGUGGGGGGGAAUACGUCUAUUUCACUCUUUACAAAGAAAACAAGGAUACGCUUGAAGUCAUAUCUUACCUGACCAAGCAACUCAAGACAAACAACAAGACGUUUCAAUUCGCGGGCACGAAAGAUCGGCGUGCUGUGACCGUACAGAGAGUCAGUGCGUACCGUAUCGAGGCAGAGCGGUUGGCUGCGUUGAACCGUUCCCUACGAUAUGCGGCCGUUGGAGAUUUUGAGUACCAAAAACACGGGCUCGAACUUGGCGAUUUAACUGGGAACGAAUUUGUGGUCACCUUGAGAGACUGCCAACUUGUUGAGUUAGCCUCCGGAACGAGCACCGCUGAAGAGAAAGCCGCCGCCGAAACCUAUCUGUCACAGGCGCUUCAACAUCUUCACGAAUAUGGCUUCCUGAAUUACUAUGGGCUGCAGCGGUUCGGGACUUUUGCCACACGCACUGAUGUUGUCGGACUGAAGAUUCUAAAGGAAGACUUCAAGGGUGCGUGCGAUGCUAUUCUGGAAUUUUCGGCCGUGGCACUGAAAGCCUCACAAACCCAAGACUCGGGUGUCCUUGUGAGCCAGGAUGACCGUUCUCGCGCUGAGGGGAUCAAUAUCUGGCGAACAACCGGCAGGAUCAAUGAUGCGCUUGACAAGAUCCCGCGCAAAUUCUCCGCCGAGACAGCAUUAAUCCGACACCUGGGCAAGCGGCCGCAGGACUAUUUGGGUGCUCUCCUUGCAAUCCAGCGCAACCUCAGACUCAUGUAUGUCCAUGCAUAUCAGUCUUUUGUGUGGAAUCUCGCAGUAGGGGAACGAUGGCGGUUGUUUGGCGGCAAGGUCGUGGAAGGCGAUCUCGUGCUGGUGUCCGAGCACAAGGAGAGGCAAGCCGACGAGGCACCAUCAAAAGAAACGGUGGAUGCUGAUGGGGAAAUUGUCGUUGAGCCGUCAGGCGAUGACCGCGCCUACGACGUGGACGACAGGUUCGAACGAGCCCGCGCACUCACCGCUGCCGAAGCCGAGAGUGGCCAGUACUCCAUUUUUGACAUUGUCCUCCCCCUGCCCGGCUUCGAUGUCGUCUACCCGGCCAACGCGAGCGGCGAAUGGUACAAGACCUUCAUGGCCAGUGAAGCCGGUGGCGGGCUUGACCCGUACGGUAUGCGGAGAAAGCAAAAGGACUUUAGUCUGAGCGGCGGGUACCGCAAGAUGGUGGCGCGGAUCGGGGAGACGUUCGAAGUCGGCGUCCACGAGUACGGCGACGGCGACGGAGACAAGCAGUUUGUGGAGACGGACAUGGAGCGGCUUAGACGGGAAAAAGCGAACGCAAUCGACACUGUUGGAGAGAACGGUUCAUCCUCAAAGGCCGCUGACGGCGUCGCGUUGGAGGAGGCACCUCAACCACUACUGCACGGAGCGAGCACGGCGGCUGCAAACGUCGACGCGAAUAGUACGAACGGUGCCGAAAUCACUGCUCCCAGCCACCCACAGCGCGUGAAAUUGGCAGCAGUGCUCAAAUUCCAGCUUGGCUCGAGCCAGUACGCGACCAUGGCGCUGAGAGAGCUGUCCAAGGGUGGAAUUCAAGCUUACAAGGCCGAGUUUUCGGGCGGCAGGUGA